UGGGCAUUUGUGGAAAUAGACGGCAAUCAAGCUGUCGCUAUUUCAGUUUCACAUCAGGAAGUACAUCGGCGUAGAAUAGAAGUACCCGUACCGCAUAGCUUCCAAAAAACAAUUGUGUUCUUAAAAAAAGACACUAAUCAAGGCCAAUAUGUUUUUAUUCGUGGCGGUAUCAGUCGUGGAGCUUGCUCCAGCAGACCUUAUAAGCAGAGCUCCGAUCCAUGCGCCAUACCCAUUGUUCACGAUACUAGAGUGCCGUUUGUUUAUAAAGGAUACCUCGACUGGAGUCAGGGUGACCAUUUCUUGGAUUUUGGAGGAGCAGAACAGAAGCAAGGUACAUAUGGCGGCGCGCAACCUGAGGGUACUCCAAUGGUAUACACAGUAAAUAAUGAUCCAGAUGCUCCCGAGUACCAAUCCUAUAAUAAAUACGGUGUCGGAUAUUGGAUGGUGCAAUUACUCAUGGAUUGCAGAGGAGACUCAAGAUGGCUGGUUUGA